AUGGGGAGCCCGGCGGGCGCUCCCGCCAAGCGCGCGCGGUGCGAGGGGCCCCGCGGCUCCGGCAGCGACCGCAGCGACCCGCGGCUGUGGGACACGGAGUGGCUCUGCCAGCACCUCGCCCGCUGCGGCGUGGGCAAUCCCAGCCUGCUGCGCCGCUUCCGAGAGAGCGGGGUCACCGGGAGGAUGCUGCUGGACCUGCCGGCCUGCGCCCCCGAGCUCAUCCGCGUCUGCUGCCCAGCUGAGCGACUGGAAGUGCUGGCGUGCCUGACACAGAUGCAACAGCAGCACAUGGAGGUGAUGAAGGUUUUUAAUGAUCCUAUUCAUGGGCACAUUGAAUUGCAUCCCCUGCUGGUUCGGAUCAUCGACACCCCUCAGUUCCAGCGCCUCCGGUACAUCAAGCAGCUGGGCGGAACGUACUUUGUUUUUCCAGGAGCCUCUCACAACCGCUUUGAACACUCCCUGGGGGUUGGCUACCUUGCGGGAUGUCUGGUUCGUGCACUGAAGGAGAGACAACCAGACCUGGAUAUAACCGAGCGAGACAUCCUCUGUGUAGAAAUUGCUGGGCUUUGUCAUGAUUUGGGUCAUGGGCCAUUUUCACACAUGUUUGAUGGAAGAUUUAUUCCACUCACUCGUCCAGAUUUGAAUUGGAAGCAUGAAACUUCUUCUGUUCAAAUGUUUGAGCACUUGAUCACUUCCAAUGAACUAGAAGAAGUCAUGAAGUCCUAUGGUCUUGUCCUGGAAGAAGAUCUGUUGUUCAUCAAGGAACAAAUAGGAGGGCCUAUAGAUGAAACUGCCUGUGUGAAAUCGUGGCCCUACCGUGGUCGACCAAAGGAGAAAAGUUUCCUCUAUGAGAUUGUCGCUAAUAAAAAAAAUGGCAUUGACGUUGACAAGUGGGAUUAUUUUGCAAGGGAUUGCCAUCACCUGGGAAUCCCCAAUAAUUUUGACUAUAAGCGAUUGCUUAUCUUCACCCGGGUCUGUGAAGUGGGGAACCAGAAGCACAUCUGCCCCCGUGACAAGGAAGUUGGAAAUUUGUACGAGAUGUUCCACACCCGGAACUGCCUGCACCGGAGAGCAUACCAGCAUAAGACUGGCAACGUCAUUGAAAUAAUGAUAACAGAAGCCUUUCAAAAAGCAGACAAAUUUUUUGAAAUAAGAGGCUCUGGAGGAAAAGUGUAUCGGAUUUCUACAGCAAUGGAGGACAUGGAAGCCUACACUAAACUAACUGACUGUGUCUACCUGGAAAUUCUUCACUCAAGUCAUCCAGAACUGGAGGAGGCACGAGAAAUUUUGCGUAAAAUAGAACGACGCGAAUUAUACAGGUUUUUAGGAGAAACUCGACCUGAAUCAAAAAAGGAAAUUAUAAAGAGUAACAGCCUGGCAGAAAGCAUUGCUAAUUCCAAGCCAGAGAAGGACCCUCCAGAUGUGGAGCUAAAGGCUGAGAAUUUCAUAGUUGAUGUUAUCAGCAUGGAUUAUGGAAUGAAGGAACAGAAUCCAAUUGAUAAGGUUCACUUCUAUUGCAAGGCUGAUCCUUCCAAGGCAGUUAAAAUCAGUAAAGAACAGGUUUCAAAGCUUUUACCCAAAAUAUUUAUGGAGCAGGUUGUCCGGGUUUAUUACAAAAGUCAGGAUCCAUGUAUUAUUUCAGCUGCAAAACAGUACUUUGUUCAGUGGUGCAUGCAGAAUGAUUUCACCAAACCACAGGAUGGUGAUGUUGUUGCUCCUCAUCUAACCCCAAUGAAGGAAACCUGGAAUAAGAUGACAGAUGAUGAACACAGGAGAGCCUCAGAACCCAGCUGCAAACAAAGGCUUUCUUUUGAUAAGUAACAAGUUUCUUUUUGGUGCUAUUCAGUCUGCUUCCUCAGAAGAUGAGUAAAUUUGAGCAUCAACUUUUCUAAAAGCUGGUUGGAUGGCCUGGAAUAAUUCACAGAACAAUGCAGAAUGUAUUUUGCAAUACAGAAUGUUUUAAUGUAGAUACUUAAAGUGCAUAUUCCAGAUGGACUUCUAAAAAACAAUUUAUUAUAACAGAUUAAACUCAGUUCUCAUUGAUUUUUUAAUGUAGUGGCACUGUGUAGCAGGAGUGACUUUAAAAAUUGCAAUUCAUUGUUAUUACAAGAUUUUACUACUCCAUCCAGUCCUGAUCCCUUCCUAUUGCAUGACUUAGCAGAAAAAAUCCCAGCCCAGGGUUGAUGGGGUUUUGGGAGGGGGUUGGGGUUUUCUUAGUGUCUGAGGAAGAGAGGGAUAAGUAUGCUUCUGAAAAUACAGUGAGGUAAAGAAGAAAUUACCAUGGGUGGCAUCUUCAAAAUUAGUAAAAUUAAUUUAAUAAAAAGAAAAAAAGGGAGGGAGAGGGGAAUCUUUUGAUAAUCCAAGAUUAAAUUUCUGGUAUUCAAAAAGCUGGUGCAGACCUCUUGCUACAAGUGACCACAAUUUUUAUUGAAGUAACAAUGCAUUGCAGUGCCAUGCAGCCUUUUAUUGUUUUAUUGUGUAUUUUUGAUACAUAGAAUGUUAUAUUUUUUACUGUCUGUCCUGCAAAGACUGCUCAAAAGGCCAGUGGUGUGAGUGGUUGCAGGAAGGCCAAGCUGCCCAGGUGUUUGCCAGGGCUCAGGUGUGCAGAGAGGGCAGUGCCAGCAGGGCUCUGCCCUGCUCUGCCCAUCCUGCACCAAGUGCACCUUGGCUGUGCUUUACACUGUACUGGGCAGGCAGGCUCAUCAGGAAUCCCUCCAUUCUUGUAUCUGCUCUGUUCUCCUGGACCUCAUGGCUGUCCCUGCAUCAUUUUUCUGUCUCUUGUAGAUCUGUGAGAGUUCUUACAGUUUUCCUGUACUGGCAGUACGGGUGUGAGUGUUCUGAAUGUCUGUGCUGUUGGACAAAUGAAGACCAUUUUCCUCUCAUCUUUUACUCAGGUCUAAGAGGAAGGCUGCUUUCAUUAAAUAAAACCUCAAAGCUUGAAAAAGUCUGAUCACAAAACUAAAAAUACAAAGUAAAAGGUUCAGUAAUGCUCAAGAAUUGGAGCAAUCUGUGGCCUUUUAUAUCUGGAAAGGGGAGAGAGGUGUUGAACAUCUGGCUCAGGCAGUCAGGUGUGGGUGGCCAGGGUAAGUCCUGAAAAACAACCCAGUGGGAAGGUGCUGUGAUAGAACUCCACAAUCCCUGUAAUAUCUCCUUUGCCCUUUUUAUCCUGGGAACUGAUGCUGUUAGAGGGAGGGAGAAUGAGUAGCCAGGUAGUUCUGCUGCUUAUGUACCUGUGCUCAUGUGUCUGAAGGUGUAAUCUCUGGUGCUCCUGUCUAACAGUAUUUCCGACCUGCAGAUGAACCAGAUUGGUUAGAAGGGCGUGUGACCUCUUUAAAAGCUUUUAAAAAAUUUGCUAUUCCUCAAGAAACAAUAUCUUAGAGAUAUCAUUUAUCUCCCUUGUCUGCAUAAGAUUGAGUUUCAUUUUGAUGUAAUUUUGUUCUUGUUGAUUUGGUUUGUUUUUAAUUUGUUACUAACUGCACUUUAUACUUGGAAAAGAUCUUUUGUUUAUGUUAAACCAAAAGUGUAUACUUAAGUUCUGAGAGCAUUUCUUUUCUCAACAUGUUCAUGUGAACCUCUCUGAAGAAUAAAUUUAUAAACGAUGA